CCAUCCACUUUGCAAUUAGCUGCUACUGAUCCAACACAUUUCUCCAAAAAAUCACCCACAUACAAAGUAAAAUGGUUGAUUCUGUUGCAACAAUAGAUCUCGAAACACUUGGGGACCUGUUGAUUGAGGAAGCAAAGUUUCUAUCAAGUGUGGGCGGUGAGGUUGAGGAAGUCCGUAGGCAGCUCAACAUCAUGCACUGUUUCUUGAAGGAUGCUGAUAGGAGGCAAGACCGGUACAAUUCACAGACAGUGCAGAAUUAUAGCAAAAUUUUGCUCACACCCAGAAAUCAAAACAUUGCUUCCACGGAAUAUAUCUUCAAACCCGAGUGUUUGAACGAAGAUGAAGGAUGGGAGCUACUCCACAGGAUAGCACUUCCAACCAACUGCUUCCAAGAAUUGAAACUUCGGGAAUCAUGGAUUGAGGAAGAUCCAAUGGUAACACUAGGGAAGCUUCCCAUGUUGCGAUCGCUGGAUUUGGAUUUUGAUGCAUAUGUGGGCAGAGAGAUGGUUUGUGAGGCAACUGGAUUUCCUCAACUCAGAGCGCUUUCGUUGUAUGGUUUGUGGAAUUUAGUGGAGUGGAGAGCGGAGAAAGGAGCAAUGCUCACUCUCUCUAAUCUACUUAUCAAAGAAUGCAGUAAAUUGAAGAUGAUUUCAGAUGAAUUGGAAUUCAUUAAUACUCUUAAACAACUGAGAAUUGUAUUUAUGCCACAAGAGUUCGUGAAGAGGAAGAAAAUGCAUUACGGCAAUCAGAAUCAAAUCUCCAUUACUCAUUCACAACCUUACAGUAGCUCAUCUAAACCCACUUCUUAUCUUGAACUACCUUUUGCAGUCCUCCAUCGGCAGCUAGAUCCGGCAAUUUCGUCUGGGAAAAUCGUCAGAAUGGUUGAAGCUUUUGCAUCGGUGGCUCUCGAAACCCUUCGUGACCUGUUGAUUGAGGAAGCGAAAGUUUUAACUGGGGUCGGCGAUCAAGUUGACGAUGUCCGUAGGCAGCUCAACACCGUGCACUGUUUCUUGAAGGAUGCUAGUAAAAGACAAGAUACGGACAACUCCGAAACGAUCCGCAAUUGGGUUAGUGAGCUUCGAGAUCUGGCCACUGAGGCUGAGAUUAUAUUGGAAAGGUAUGCGGUUGAAGUCAUGUCUAGAAGAAGAGCAAAAGACUUGAAAGGAAUACUCAAAAGAUUUACUUGCAUAUUAAGUGAAUGUUUGAGUAUGAGCCAAAUUGGAAAAGAGACUGAAAUCAUCAGGUCCCGUAUGACUGAUCUUACUAAACAGUUGGAGUCUAUAAGUAGAUCAUCAAAUAGGGUGGAUGAUACCGAUUGGUCAAGAAAAACGUUUGGCCAUGGAAUUGAACAAUACUUUGUUGGGAUGAAGGAAGAAACACAACUGCUGGAAUCACUUCUCACAAAUGAUGAUCAUAGCUCAAAUCAAGUGAUUUCUAUAUGUGGGAUGGGGGGCUUGGGAAAGACUUCUCUGGCUAGGAAGGUUUACCAAGGGGAGGCCGUACAGACAUGGUUCGAAGCACGUGCUUGGAUCUGUAUUAGCCAACAAUUCCAACCGAGAACUGUUCUUCAAGGACUACUGAAGCAACUUCUCCCACGUGAAAAUAUGGAGCAAUGCGAUGAUGAUGAGUUGGUCCUCAAGUUGUAUGAUGCACAAAAAGAGAAGAAAUGUCUAGUGGUUUUGGAUGACAUUUGGAAAGUUGAGGAUUGGAAUAGCCUGAGCCACGCCUUUCCCAUUGGAGAGUCGAGCAGCAGAAUUUUGCUCACUACCAGAAAUCAAAACACUGCUUCCACAGGAUACGUUCAUAUGCUUAAGUGCUUGAGUGAAGACGAAGGAUGGGAGCUACUUCAAAAGAUAGCACUCCCAAAUUCACAAGAGCUACCUAUAACUGAAAUAAAGCUGUUGGAAGAAUUUGGUAGGAAAAUAGUAAAAAAAUGUGGGUGCCUACCACUACCCAUUUCAGUUAUUGGGGGAAUUCUUCGGCAAGAAAAUAAACCAAUUGAGUGGGAAAAGGUAUGUAGAAAUAUUGAUUUGUACCUUCAACAUGGAAAAGGUUUGGAGAAAGACAAAAGAGUGGAGCAAAUACUGGAUCUGAGUUACAAUUUGCUUCCUUACAAUUUGAAGUCAUGUUUUCUGUAUUUGGGAUGUUUUCGAGAGGAUGAAGAUAUAGAAACAGAAGAUCUAUAUUUGCUAUGGAUGGCUGAAGGAAUGAUUUCUUUGGAAGAUAGAGGAAGAGGAGAAAGUUUGCGAGAUGUUGCAGAACACUAUUUGUUUGAGCUGGCAAAUAAAUGUAUGAUUCAAGUGGAAAUGCAUGAACGUUCGAUAUAUAGUAGGUACAAAUCAUGCCGGCUUCAUGAUCUGAUGCGAGAUUUGUGUUUACUGAAAGGAAAGGAAGAAGGAUUUAUAGAGGUUGUAGAUAGACAGACGAGAAGAGCUGACGAGUCUUCAAUUUGCAAGACAACUAGGUUGGCUAUCCAUUUAGACGAACUGGGUGAUAGUCAUAUUCAGAAUAUUGGAAAAAGUAAAAACCUAAGAUCUCUUCUUUUCCUUCGCAAGCAGUGGCAAUACAUAGAUUGGAACCACAGUGAAGGUCUUAAUUUUGGUAUUUUCAAAUUUAUGAAAAUUUUAGUAGUAGAAGGCUACCAAUUUAAGAAUGGACAAUUGCCAAAGGGGGUCGAAAAAUUGAUCCUGCUAAAGCUUUGAGUAUCAAGGACAGUCUAGUGGAAGAGUUGCCAGUAUCUGUGUGCAAGCUACCUUAUCUUCAGUCGUUGAAUCUACAAGUAGGUGAACAUAUCAAAUUGCCUAACUUCAUAUAUAAAAUGAGGAGUUUGAGGCAUCUAUACUUGCCUCGUAGCAGCUUCACCAUAGGAGGUAGAAAUUUGAAAUUGAAUGGGUUGAAUGAGUUGGAAACAUUAAUCGGGUUCGAUAGUGAACAAAGUGAUAUGACCAAUCUUCUUAAUAUGCAGAAGCUUCGAGUAUUGGAUGGAAGAAUUUGGGAUGAAGAAAGUUUAUCAAUGAUUGCUGAUCACAUUUUAAAUCAUCAAGAUCAAUUUCGUGAUAUAAAACUUGUUAUUCAAGAAAUGUGCAAUGUGAAUGAGGAAAAAGAUGGCUCAACUCUUCUUACGAGGCUGUUGAUGUGUCGCUCAUUAAGUGUCUUGGAUAUUCAAUGCCGUGUGAGCAAUUUUCCCGCCUAUGAAGUUAAACUAUAUCAAAAUGUGAUAGAAUUGAAUCUUUGGGAUUCAAGAAUUGAGGAAGACCCAAUGAAAAUUCUAGAGAAGCUUCCUGUGUUACGAGAACUUUGCUUGUCUACCAAUGCAUAUGUGGGCAGAGAUAUGGCUUGUGGGGCAUCUGGAUUUCUUCAACUCAGAAAACUUAUUCUGGAAGAGUUGCCUAAUUUAGUUGAGUGGAAAGUUGAGAAAAGAGCAAUGCCCAAUCUCUCUUCUCUAGAGAUUCGUCGCUGCAAUAAAUUGGAGAUGAUUCCGAUUGGAUUGAAAUUCAUCACAACUCUCAAAGAACUGCGAAUUGCAUCUAUGCCAGAAGAAUUCGAGGAAAGGGCACGAGUCGUGGAUGGUGAAGAAGGGGAGGAUUAUUGUAAAAUCAAACACAUACCAACCAUUUACAUUUAUUAAGAAUGGUGAGAUAGGUGCUGUUAUUUUGAGAAUGUUAUUGUGGGGUUGUUGCAUUACGUACCAACCUUGCUACAUCCAUCAAUCUUAUUUCUUUCUUCAUUGUGUUUGACUAA